UCACUUGCAAGCAUCCAACUGUUUUCUCACUUCCUUUUCUUUUUCCCAUCCAUUUCACUAACUCAGAUUCGAAAAAGAACUCAGAACAAACAAUCUCCCAAAAACUAAACUUUGAGAUCACUCCUCACUCUCUCUCUCUCUCCCCUUUUCUCUCUCUUCCAUGGCUAUUGUUUAAAGAAGAUUAUCUGAAGUUAUUAACUUGAAGAAGAGAGAAAAGAGAAAAUCAAAUGAAAAUACUGAGAAAGACAUCUCCUCUUCCUACCAGAAAAGAAAAGGAAGAGCCAUUUCUUUUUUCUUCUGAGAUAAUCCCAUUUCACCAAACCUCAUAUUAGACUAACAAAAACCUAAUUCUCAACGUAAAGUUUCUCUCUUUCUUUUUCUCUCUCUCUCUCUCUAAACCUCAAUCAAUGUCGUCGAUAUAUUUCAACUCCCUUCUCUUCUUCGAACCCACUACUAAUUUUCUUCUUCUUCUCGAAUGCAGCCAUCUCGUCGUAAAUUCUCUCUUUUCUCAUCGGAAAUGGCGGCAAUGAAAGCUCGAAAAAACAACAAUCUCUCCAUAUUUGCAGUUGUUUUCUCCGUUUUUCUAUUUGGGGUUUUCAUGUACAAUGAAGAUGUUAAGUCUAUUGCCGAAUUCCCAUUUUCCGGUUCUAAAACAGAGGAUGUUCGAGAACAGACUCAAAAACAGAGCUCCCCUGUUCACAACGCUAUUGAAACCGACGUUUCGGAGAACUCAAGAUCCCAAAUCGGAACGAAACAGGUGGAGAAUUCGGAAGAAUCGGAAUCAGAAACAGAAACGGAUGAAUCUGUUAAUUUGAAAUCGAUUGUUUUGAAGGAAGAUGAAGAACAAAGCAAUCAAAAGGUCGAACAACUGCCUAUACUUGAAGAAGAUGAUGACGACGAUGUUGAAUUACCCCCCGAAGAAUGCGAUCUUUACAACGGGGAUUGGGUUUUCGACAACACUUCUUAUCCUUUGUAUAAAGAAGAUGAAUGUGAAUUUCUCACAGCGCAAGUUACUUGUUUAAGAAAUGGAAGAAAGGAUUCUCUUUACCAGAAUUGGAGAUGGCAACCCAGAGAUUGUUCUUUACCAAAAUUCAAAGCUAGAUUACUUCUGGAGAAACUAAGAGGAAAGAGGUUGAUGUUUGUGGGAGAUUCAUUAAACAGAAACCAAUGGGAAUCCAUGGUUUGUUUGGUUCAAUCAGUGAUUCCUCCAGGAAGAAAAAGCUUGAACAAGACUGGUUCUCUCGCUAUCUUCAAAAUUGACGACUAUAAUGCUACAGUGGAGUUCUACUGGGCCCCGUUUUUGGUAGAGUCAAAUUCUGAUGAUCCAAAAAUGCAUAGCAUUUUGAACCGUAUAAUCAUGCCUGAGUCCAUCAAUAAGCAUGGAGAGAAUUGGAAAAAUGUUGACUAUCUCGUCUUUAAUACUUACAUUUGGUGGAUGAAUACUUUCUCCAUGAAAGUUCUGCGUGGAUCGUUUGAUGAAGGAUCAACGGAGUAUGAUGAAGUUGAGAGGCCGUUGGCUUAUGGAAGAGUAUUGACCACGUGGCAGAAAUGGGUUGAAGAAAAUGUGAACCCUAAUCGAACCACCGUCUUCUUUAGCAGCAUGUCUCCUCUUCAUAUCAAGAGCUUGGAUUGGAACAACCCAGAAGGAAUAAAAUGUGCGAAAGAGACAAUGCCAAUACUAAACAUGACGACACCCUUAGAAGUGGGAACGGACCGUCGUCUAUUCUACAUCGCUAUGAACGUAACACAAACAAUAAAAGUACCUGUCCAUUUCAUCAACAUCACCGCUCUCUCCGAAUACCGUAAAGAUGCACAUACAUCCGUUUACACCAUCCGUCAGGGCAAGAUGCUGACCCCCGACCAACAGGCCGAUCCCUCCACCUACGCCGAUUGCAUCCAUUGGUGUUUGCCUGGCUUGCCCGACACCUGGAACGAGUUUAUUUACACACGAAUCAUUUCCGACUCCUAACACUGCUCCAUUAUAAUUCAUACAUCCAAUUAAAUUCUCUUUUUUUUUUUCUUUUUUUUCCUAAAAGCUUUUUCUUUUUGUAUAAUUUCUUCUUCAUAUGAAAAUCUUCUAGGGGUUUCUGUUGUUGAUUUUACCCCUUUUUUGUUUGAGUUAUUAUAAAAGGCAAAGAGUUCAUUCAUCUCUCUAAAUAAAACAUGCGUAAGCCCUUUCUUCAUUGUGCAUA